GCACUUCUCCGCUUCUCCUCAAAAUAUCUCUCUCUCGAGGCUUUACCGAAAUCAAAAUCUCUCUAUCUGCUCAAGUAAAACUUCAAAAGUCAUGGGAGACCACCAAAACGACGACGUAUUCUCCUUCUUCACCACACCCAACGACUCCGACUUCUCCUCCGCCACCACCGCAACCCCCUCCACUCUCUUCAACCCUUCCUCUUACUCCUACUCCUCCUCCUCCUCCGGCGACGAAUCCCAAUCCCAAUCCCACCCUUCCGCCCCCUCCCUCGACGACAGCAACAAACGAAUCGACUACAUGAUCCAAUUCCUCGACCGCAGGCUCAGCCAAGACGGCAAUUCCGACGCGAUCGGAUCCGAUACCUCCCCCGACGGCGGCUCAGAUUCCCUCCCGGAGUUCGUCGGGAAGUGCGGCGGCGCCGGGAUCUUCAAGGUCCCGAUCAGGUCCGCGGUUCAUCCGAAUCGACCUCCCAGCCUCGACGUCAGGCCUCAUCCUCUAAGGGAAAGUGAAAUCGGACGGUUCUUGAGGACGAUGACGAGUACGGAGAGGCAGCUAUGGGCGGGAGGGGAGGACGGGGGGUUGAAGGUGUGGGACUUCGAGGGAUUGUAUGGAAGCGGGAGGGGAUUAGAGGUGGAGGUGGAGGAUACGGCGCCGUAUAGAGAGAGUUCGGAGAUGGAGAUGGGAUCUUCUGUUGUGUGUAUGGUUGGGGAUGAAGGGAGUAGAGUUGUUUGGAGUGGGCAUAGGGAUGGGAGGAUUAGAUGUUGGAAAAUUAGAGAGGAUUAUGUGAUUGAAGAGGCCUUGUCGUGGCAAGCUCAUCGUGGUCCUGUGCUCUCCAUUGCCAUCUCCUCUUAUGGAGAUAUAUGGUCCGGGUCUGAGGGAGGCGCUCUUAAAGUUUGGCCCUGGGAAGGUUUGGGGAAGUCUCUUUCUUUGAAAGUGGAACAGAGGAACAUGGCUGUGUUAUCAAUAGAGAGAUCGUAUAUUGACCCAAGGAACCAGACUUCGGCCAAUGGUUUUGCUAAUACAUUGACGUCAGAUGUUACGUUUUUGGUAUCUGAUCACACAAGGGCAAAAGUGUGGAGUGCUAGUCCCUUGACGUUUGCUUUGUGGGAUGCUCGCACAAGGGAUUUGAUCAAAGUAUUCAAUAUUGAUGGGCAGCUUGAAAAUCGAAAUGACAUGUCCGUUUUUCCUGAUUUUGGCACUGAUGAAGAUGCAAAUAUGAGGAUUGCCACUGCUUCAAGGAAAGAGAAAAGUCAGUCUUCUCUUGGUUUCUUUCAGCGGUCGCGUAAUGCUAUUAUGGGAGCAGCUGAUGCAGUUCGCCGUGCUGCAGUGAAAGGGGGGUUUUGUGAUGAUAGUAAAAGGACUGAGGCCAUUGUCAUAUCUGCUGAUGGAGUCAUUUGGACUGGAACUGCAAACGGUGUAGUUAUGCGAUGGGAUGGGAAUGGUAAUUGCUUGCAAGAGUUCUCAUACCAGUCUUCUGGUAUUCUCUGCAUGUUUACUUUUUGUUCUCGGCUGUGGGUUGGUUAUUCCAAUGGAACUGUUCAGGUAUUGGACCUUGAGGGAAAGCUGCUUGGAGGAUGGGUGGCUCAUAGUGGUCCUGUAAUAAAAAUGGCUAUUGGUGGUGGUUAUUUAUUUACCCUUGCGUAUCAUGGAGGUAUCCGAGGAUGGAAUGUUACUUCUCCAGGGCCCCUUGACAAUGUAUUACGGGCUGAGUUGGCUGGGAAAGAAUUUUUGUAUUCAAGGAUCGAGAACGUGAAAAUAUUAGCUGGUACGUGGAACGUUGGAGAGGGUAGAGCAUCAACCGACUCAAUUGUAUCUUGGUUAGGCUGUGCUGCAACUGGAGUUGAGAUCGUAGUUGUUGGGCUGCAAGAAGUUGAAAUGGGAGCAGGAGUUCUUGCAAUGUCCGCAGCAAGAGAAACAGUGGGACUUGAGGGUAGUCCACUGGGUCAGUGGUGGAUGGAUUUGAUUGGGAAAACGUUGGAUGAGGGUUCAUCGUUUGUUCGCGUUGGCUCUAGGCAGCUAGCAGGGUUGCUCAUUUGUGUAUGGGUUAGAAGUGACCUUAAGCCUCACGUGGGAGAUGUUGACGCUGCUGCGGUUCCUUGUGGUUUUGGACGAGCGAUUGGUAAUAAGGGAGCGGUAGGUGUUCGACUCAGAAUGUAUGAUCGGAUACUGUGCUUUGUAAAUUGUCAUUUUGCUGCACACCUUGAAGCUGUUAGCCGGCGAAAUGCUGACUUCGACCAUGUUUAUCGAACAAUGGCGUUUUCACGCCUGUCUAGUUCACUCAAUUCAGGAGCUGGUAUGCUGCGAAAUAUAUUCCUCUCCUGUUCUGUUGCCUUCUUGGCUUAUCGCUUUUGGCCUAUUCAUUGGUCUCUCUUGUUAUUGAUCUCUUCCAUUGCAGCUAGUGCUUCAUUUGGUGUCUCAGUGCCUCGUGGUGGCAAUGCUGUCAACGCAUUUGAAGCAAGGCCUGAAUUAUCUGAAGCAGACAUGAUCGUAUUUCUUGGAGAUUUUAACUACCGCUUGGACGAUAUAACUUAUGAUGAAACAAGGGAUUUCAUUUCUCAAAGAUGCUUUGACUGGCUUAGAGAAAAAGACCAGCUACGUGCUGAAAUGGAAGCUGGGAAUGUUUUUCAAGGGAUGCGUGAAGCAAUUAUCAGGUUUCCUCCAACAUACAAGUUUGAAAGGCACCAAGCUGGUCUAGCAGGAUAUGAUUCUGGGGAAAAGAAGCGGAUUCCUGCCUGGUGUGAUAGGAUCCUAUAUCGGGAUAGCAAGAGUCAUUUGGGAGCUGACUGCAGUUUGGAUUGUCCAGUGGUGUCUUCUGUAUCACAGUAUGAUGCGUGCAUGGAUGUAACAGACAGUGACCACAAGCCCGUGCGCUGUGUAUUUAACGUCAAGAUCGCCAGGGUCGAUGAAUCAGUUAGGAGACAAGAGCUGGGGAACAUCAUAAACACGAAUAAGAAAAUAAAGGUCAUGCUUGGAGAGUUAAGCAAGGUUCCAGAAACAGUCGUCAGCACUAAUAAUAUAAUUCUCCAAAAUCGUGAUUCAACGAUUCUGCGUAUCACGAAUAAGAGCGAGAAGCACAUUGCUUUCUUCAAAUUAAUCUGUGAAGGUCAAUCCAUCAUAGAGGAAGACGGUCAGGCGCACGACCACCGAGCAAGAGGCUCUUUCGGGUUUCCCCAGUGGCUUGAGGUGUCUCCAGGAACGGGGAUAAUCAAGCCGAACCAAAUAGCAGAGGUCGCAGUGCGCCUCGAAGACUUCCCAACAGUAGAAGAGUUUGUGGACGGUGUUACUCAGAACUCAUGGUGUGAAGACACAAGAGAUGAGGAAGUCAUAUUGGUGCUCGUGGUGCACGGAAGGUUCUCGACUCAAACAAAAAACCAUAGAAUCCGUGUGCGUCAUUACCCUCGUGGUUGUGCAUCGGCAAAGAAACAUUACGAUGAUAGAUCCAAAACCUCAGGACAAACGAACGCUCUUCAUCGAUCCGAUUAUCAACAGCUAAGCAAUACACUUGAUGUGGUUGAGCAGUUAAAGGAAUUUGCACAGUCCAUAGAAGAGGAGCCACCUCUCCCUUGGAAGGGUCUUUUGUAAGUGUACAUACAGUGAGGUUCAAAGCAACUCUUGCCUCUUAAUGGUUUCUAAUGUGGGGAAAUUUGUGUGAAAAGACAACAAAAGAAACUGAUUAGCUUCUUGUUUUUUUUGUUUAGAGGCUAAUAUGUUGUUGUUGCUGCUUAUGAGUAAUGGAUUUGUAAUGUAACUUUUAUUGUUUUUUGUAAUUCUCUCUCCCUCUCUCAAUAAAUACUCUGUAACUAAAGUGAUGAAUUUGUAUUAAUAUUACUUUGAAAAUCUCUAUCAAUGCGAA